GCAGUAGUAAGUCAGGCCUAGCUUGACCAGUGACUCCAGGCGAGAUCUGAGGCGCUGAGCUGCUGUCUGUCUCUGCCCAGAUCGAAGAUGGCGGUGUCGGUGUUCCCAGGCGUGCGCCUCCUCUCCAUCGGAGACGCCAACGGAGACAUACAGCGACAUUCAGAGCAGCAGCCUCUGCGGCUAGAAAUCAAAAUCAACCAGGACGUGGCUCUCAUAAGCCUCUCGAACAAUGAGGAGACGUGUGUCUUUAAGUGUUCAGUAUCACGAGAGACAGAAUGCAGUCGUGUUGGGAAGCAGUCCUUCAUCAUUACGCUGGGCUGUAACAGUGUCCUCCUGCAGUUUGCAUCUCCAGCAGAUUUCUCGUCGUUCUAUAACCUCCUGAAGAAUUGCCGUGGACAUGGGGGUGAACACUCAGUCUUCAGUGACAGGACGGAGGAGUCCUCCGCUGUACAGUAUUUCCAGUUUUAUGGCUACCUCUCUCAACAACAAAACAUGAUGCAGGAUUAUGUGCGAACUGGAACAUAUCAACGGGCUAUCCUCCAGAAUCAUACCGACUUCAAGGAUAAAGUGGUGCUGGAUGUAGGCUGUGGCUCUGGGAUUCUGUCAUUUUUCGCUGCUCAGGCUGGUGCUCGUAAAGUUUAUGCUGUGGAGGCCAGUACCAUGGCUCAACAUGCAGAGGUUCUUGUGAACAGUAACAGGCUGUCAGAGCGUGUGGUGGUGAUUCCUGGGAAAGUGGAGGAAGUUUCCCUAUCUGAGCAGGUGGACAUAAUAAUCUCUGAACCCAUGGGCUACAUGCUGUUCAACGAAAGGAUGCUGGAGAGCUACCUGCAUGCCAAAAAGUUCCUCAAGCCCAACGGCAAAAUGUUUCCCACAAUCGGAGACGUGCACCUCGCCCCUUUCACAGAUGAGCAGCUUUAUAUGGAGCAGUUUACAAAGGCCAAUUUCUGGUACCAGCCAUCUUUCCAUGGGGUGGAUCUGUCUGCGCUGAGAGGAGCUGCAGUAGAUGAAUACUUCAGACAGCCGAUUGUGAAAACCAAUAAACACAUGGGCUUGUGUUUGUGCCUUCAGAGGAAAGAGUACACUGAAAGAUAUUCAAGCCCGAAAGGGAUGACCACUGGGCUCUCCACGGCCCCCACAGAACCCCUCACUCACUGGUACCAGGUGCGCUGUCUGCUGCAGUCACCUCUCUUUGCCAAGGCAGGGGACACCAUGUCAGGCACUGCACAUUUAAUCGCCAACAAGAGACAAAGCUAUGACAUUAGUAUUGUUGCUCAAGUAGACCAGACAGGCUCCAAGUCCAGUAAUCUUCUUGACCUCAAGAACCCCUUCUUCCGGUACACGGGCACAACACCGACCCCUCCUCCAGGUUCACACUAUUCCUCCCCGUCAGAGAACAUGUGGAACACUGGGGGAACCUACAGCAUGAGCCAAGGCAUGGCUGUGUCAGGGAUGCCUGCAGCCUACGAUCUCAGCACUGUCAUUGGUGGCAGUGGGACUACAGUGUCCCACAACAAUAUCAUCCCCAUUGGUACAGACACGCAUGCACUGAACACAGGGAUUGUGAAUCACACUCACUCCAGAAUGGGUUCUAUAAUGAGCACCGGAAUCGUCCAGGGGGCCACAACUGCCCAGCAGGGUCCUAGCAGCAGCAGUCCAUAUUACCCAGUCACCAACCAGUUCACCAUGGGCGGCCCGGCUAUCUCCAUGGCAUCUCCUAUGGCCAUCCCCAGCAACACCAUGCACUACGGGAGCUAAGCCCAAGGGACGGCCUCUGCAUGUCCAUUUACCCCCUACCCCCCAACCCAACCCCUGCAAACUGACCGCAGCCAAAUUCAGAAUACCAAAACCAAUGCACCAGUCUCUGACCAUCACUUUAUAGCCUCUCUCUCUCUCUCUCUCGCUCUCUCUAUAUAUAGAUAUACAUGUAUACGUAUGUAUAUAUAUAUAUAUAUAUAUUCUAAACUCUGUUUCUCUCACUGGUGUUUUAUUCUUACAUAUCCGUCCCGUGGCCCUAUAACGUUAAUGUGCGCAGGCAUUCAGGCUAUUGCAUCUCGAUUUUCUCAGCAUGGGCUUCUGACGGCCAUCUCGACUCACCAAGACGUUCGCACUCGCCAGAAGAAACAGACACAUGCUCACAAAGUUCAUUACGACUACUAGCGCAGUACUGCUGGAUCCUGCCUGUAGACAACCAUAGUGUAGAUAGAGAUCGUUUUACUUUCAUUCCAUUUCUGUGUUUUAAUGUAGUGCAGUCCCAGAUUUAUGUGUCGCUUGGUGUUCCCUGAGGUGAAUCCUGAGUAUGGAUUAUCGAGACUGCUUCUGUCAACCUCCGACUCCAUAUCGACGCAAAUCUGACUUGUAAAUUGGAGGAUUCAUUGUUAGUCAAUUAUAAGGACACAAAGGUUUUAGGAAUAGGAAUACCAGCACCAAAACCCUCCAUUAUCAGACAAGGAGGACGGCGGAGUGCUGGGAAGGACAGUCGGCACUGGGGGGAGGAAGACCGAUGGAUGAACGACAUAAACAGUGAGGUCCGUGGACACACACUGACCGCUGCAGCAGGAAUUGCAGUAUCCUAGUUUACAUCCCCCGAACCCUUAUCUUGUCGACUUCUGUGUGUUGUGAGACCUGUUGAGGAAAGGAGGAGAUCAAGUGAUGCCUGACUAGCUAUAAUUUUCCUCCCCUCUCUCUCUCCUCCCUCUCCCACAGCGGGGAUAUGAUAUGAUGAUAGCCUCAUCCAAGACUUUGAAGUCGUAUGCACCGCUUCCAGACACUUUUUUUUUCAGUUAAUUCAGUUUGAUUUAGCAACUUUCAUGAGAUCAUGAGAUGAAAAGAACCUUAUCUGCUAGUUUGUAGAAUUAACUUUUUGUUUUGUUU